GUUUAGAUGGCAUGGUAGUUGCAAUAUGGCGACGAUUCUUCUUAUUUAGUCUGUUAGUAUACAGACAUAGUCCAACGUAUACGGAUAGAUUAAUUUCUUCUUAUAGUACGGAAAACUGUUAUUAUUUUAUAAUACAUCAACAUUAUGGGAAAUGCUGAUACAAAAUUAAAUUUCCGUAAAGCCGUUGUUCAAUUAACCUCUAAAACACAGGUGAUUGAAGCAUCCAAUGAUACUUUUUGGGAUCAAUUUUGGUCUGAAAAUGUGACCAAUGUGCAAGACAUCUUUACUUUAAUUCCAGCUUCUGAAAUCCGAAUUUUAAGAGAAGAAGCACCAUCAAAUUUAGCGACAUUAUGUUAUAAAGCAGUAGAAAAAUUGGUUAAAGCUGUUGAUAAUAGCUGUAGGACACAAAGAGAACAUCAAACAGUUUUGAAUUGUUGCCGUUUACUUACACGAUUAUUACCUUACAUUUUUGAAGAUCCUGAUUGGAAAGGAUUCUUUUGGUCUAGUUUACCAGGAAAAGAAGAAGAAGAAAGUAUACCAUUAGCACAUUCUUUGUUAAAUGCACUUUGUGAUCUACUAUUUUGUCCAGAUUUUACAGUAGCUGCUAAUAGAAAGUCAGGACCUGAUAAAGCAGAAGAAUUACAAUCAAUAGAUAGUUGCGAAUAUAUUUGGGAAGCUGGAGUAGGAUUUGCACAUUCCCCACCCAGAUAUUCAAUUUUAGAUUCAAAUCGAACAGAGUUAUUGAAAUUGUUAUUGACAUGCUUUAGUGAAACCAUGUACAAUCCUCCAAUGGAUUUAUCAAUCACACCAAAUAAAUGGAUUCAACGCUUAACUAGUGCUGAAAAUAGACAUGCUUUGCCUAUGUUCACAUCACUCUUAAAUACAGUAUGCGCUUAUGAUCCAGUUGGACUUGGAGUACCUUACAAUCACCUUUUAUUUACUGAUUCUUUGGAGCCACUAGUAGAUGUUGCUUUGCAGAUUCUUAUAGUCACUUUAGAUCAUGAUACAUCUGGUGAAAUUCCAGCAGAAGAGGGUUCACUUGGAGAUAAUCUUUUUAUUAAUUAUUUGAGUCGUAUUCAUCGUGAUGAAGAUUUUCAAUUUGUAUUAAAAGGAAUCACUAGAUUAUUAAAUAAUCCAUUAAUGCAAACAUAUCUACCUAAUUCAACAAAAAAAGUACAUUUUCAUCAAGAGUUAUUAGUUUUCUUUUGGAAGAUGUGUGAUUAUAAUAAAAAAUUUUUAUAUUAUGUACUUAAAAGUUCAGAUGUACUCGAGGUAUUAGUUCCCAUACUUUAUCAUCUCAACGAUUCUCGCGCAGAUCAAUCACGUGUUGGGUUAAUGCACAUAGGUGUAUUUAUUUUGCUUUUGUUAAGUGGAGAACGUAAUUUUGGAGUUAGACUGAAUAAACCAUAUACUGCUACAGUACCUAUGGACAUUCCGGUAUUUACAGGCACUCAUGCUGACCUACUAGUAACAGUUUUUCAUAAAAUUAUUACAACAGGACAUCAAAGAUUACAACCAUUGUUUGACUGUCUUCUUACAAUUUUAGUAAAUGUUUCUCCAUACCUUAAAACUCUUUCUAUGGUGGCCAGCACUAAAUUACUACAUUUACUCGAAGCAUUUAGUACACCAUGGUUCUUAUUUUCUGCACCUACUAAUCAUCAUUUAGUAUUUUUUCUUUUAGAAAUUUUUAAUAAUAUAAUUCAGUAUCAAUUUGAUGGAAAUAGUAAUCUGGUUUAUACGAUAAUACGUAAGAGACAAGUAUUCUAUGCAUUAGCAAACUUACCAAGCGAUUGUAAUACGAUUGCUAAGUCUCUUAGUAAAAGACAACAACGUCAUGUACCAACAAGUACAUAUAAUGAAAAUACUAGUGAAACUGCAAUGGAAGGAUCUCAUCCUGCUCAGCCUGCAGAACCAGGAACUUUAAAAGCUUCUUUAUUGGAAACACCAGGUAUAGAGAAGAUGACAGAAAAAGAAUCAGCACAUCCAUUAAGUCCUUCAGUGAAUGUAGAUAUUGGAAAAACUAAUAAUCUUCAGAAUUCCUUAGAUAAUGCAACUGAUACAGCUACAUCAAAUAAAUCAAAUUCUAUAAUACCAAAAGGAGGAAUCAGAGUAGCUGAGCAGACAAAUAUAUCUAGCAAUACCAACCAAUGGGUUCCUUCUAGUGAAUGGGUAUAUCAAUGGAAAAGUAAACUUCCAUUACAAACUAUUAUGCGAUUAUUACAAGUUCUUGUUCCUCAAGUAGAAAAAAUAUGUAUUGACAAGGGUUUAACAGAUGAGAGUGAAAUUUUAAAAUUUUUACAACAUGGUACAUUAGUGGGUCUUUUGCCAGUUCCACAUCCUAUUCUCAUUAGAAGAUACCAAGCUAAUGCUGGGACAACUGCUUGGUUUAGAACUUAUAUGUGGGGAGUAAUAUACCUUAGAAAUGUUGAACCACCCAUUUGGUAUGAUACAGACGUCAAAUUAUUUGAAAUACAAAGAGUCUAAAUAUUAUGUGUCUAAAGAUAUAAAUUAGUUUACGAUAAUUAGCAA